GCGGGUCGGGGCUGGGAGCGGUGACUAUCUACUUCCUGGGGCAGUCCAGCAGGGGAUUCUAGUAGAGCCAGUGGCUUUCCCCCUGCGCAGCUGCUUCUGGAAUCACCAUUCCUUGGACUUCACUGGUUUGGGUCCUCUGGACUCUCUGGCCCUCAGUGAUAAUUUUGACCACAGCCUGAAAGGGUCACAGGUAAGGGAGGCUGUUUUCAGGCCCCCUAUGGAGGAGAACACUUAAAUGACUCCACCUGGUUGGUAGUGCUUGGGGGUUCUGAGGAAGGGGGUGUCCGAAAGAGGCUCAGAGGUUGCCAAUGUGCUGAGUCAGCAUGACAGGCUUGGAACAACCAUGCUCUGGACCUAGCCUGCUGCCUGCCAAGCUAUUUUUAAAUAUGUGGCUUCCUUGUACUCUGACUCCUCCCAGUGUUUCUAAUCUUCUUCCCCCCCACCCCCUUUCCCUCCCCAGCCACUGCCAACACUUGGCUUAAGUCCUCACAGGCGCUCGGGUGAGGAAGGAGAAAGAUGAGCAGCAGCAGCAGCUUCUGCUGAGGGGCAGGAUCAGUUGCUUAUCCUGACUGACAAGGCUCUCGUGUUAUGACGACCCCCAACAAAGGAAACAAAGCCUUAAAGGUGAAGCGGGAGCCGGGCGAGAAUGGGACCAGCUUGACAGAUGAGGAGCUGGUGACCAUGUCUGUGCGUGAGCUGAACCAGCAUCUACGGGGCCUGUCCAAGGAGGAGAUCAUCCAGUUGAAGCAGCGUCGGCGCACGCUGAAGAACCGAGGCUACGCGGCUAGCUGUCGUGUCAAGCGUGUCACCCAGAAGGAGGAACUGGAGAAGCAGAAGGCAGAGCUGCAGCAAGAGGUGGAGAAGCUGGCUUCUGAGAAUGCUAGCAUGAAAAUGGAACUCGAUGCCCUCCGCUCCAAGUAUGAGGCGCUCCAGAACUUCGCCAGAACCGUGGCCCGGAGCCCUGUGGCUCCUGCACGGGGUCCCAUCUCCUCCAGCAUGGGGCCCCUCGUCCCUGGCAAAGUUGCCACCACCAGUGUCAUCACAAUAGUGAAAUCCAAAACGGACGCCCGGUCUUAGUAAAGCAACACUGCCUGGGCUUCUCUGUGCAGAGCAGUUAGGCGCAAAGCUAACCUGGAAUCCCCAAAGCACAAACCCCUUUCCUGUUGGGUCAGGACUCCCUCCUCUGAUCGGGACUGGCCUGCUGAUCACUCCAAUUUUGUGUUGUUUUGUUCAGAUUGAUAUAUCCAGUGGUGACACCCCCCCCAAUACUGUGCAAACGGAGCCUCCCACCUUUUGGUCUACAGCCCUCUGGGGCAUCCUUGGGAUAGAGACUGUGAAAGACCUUGGUGUUCUAGCCAAAGAAAUUCUGCACAGCAUGGAGGAAGGUGUGUGCUUGAGGCCCACGACACUUCUCAGUGGGUAGAGGAUGGGAGGGCAGAGGAGGCUCUGUGGCAGGGAGUUGGGAUUUCUGGUUUAAGUCACUUCCGAAGGAUUUAUUCCAUUAUACUUCCAAGUGGCAUAUCUCGGUGUCUGUUUGCCAGGUGCCCAAAUCUGCUGCUUCUGUCUCGCUUGGUAUCAGUGAUUGCCGCGGGGGGUAGUUUGUGUAGCUGAGUUUAACUUCUAGAUGUGCCACCUGUGUCCCAAACGCAGGUUUCCUUGUGACUUUCACUGCACCAGCCACACACAUGCGGUAAUGGAAGGGAGGAAACUGCAGUUCCCUGUUGUGUCUGCUCUGGAGACGGAGGGUGGGGAUGAUGGGGACAUUGUGGGGGGCCAGCAAUGGGGGGAGGAGGAGAUACCAUAGUGACUGAAGGCCAGUUUUGUGCCUAACAUGUUGCACUGAACAAGACCAAAAUCACUAGUUUUUCCCAUCUAUUGAGGGCAUCAAGUGUGUCUAGUGUGAUGGUUUACACAACCAGUUUGUGGUUAAAUAGUCCUUUUAUUUAAAGAGAGAACAUUCAUUUUAAGAGUUAUUAAAUUAUCUAAGUUUAAAUCAGACAGAAGAGAGCAUAUUUAUAGUUGGCUUUUUUACCCGAGCGGGCAGGAAUAUUUGACUAUAUAAAUGGAGAAAUAUUCUCAGACUCUGCUAGCUGAAAAGUAAAUAAAGAAAAAUAAUUUUAAAGUUUCUCAUGAACCUCCUGCAAACUCUGUGGCUCUGAGGUUAGUUUUUAUAAGAGUUAUCAGACUUUAUUUAUAAAAUUUAGAAAGACAAAAGAGGCAAGUCCUGUUUGAUAUCUUUUUUGCAAUUGUACCAAAAGUGACUUAUUCUUGAACUCGCUGGCUUCCUUCGUGUUCCCACUGUGUUGCGCUGUCUGUGCUCUCUGAGCUCUUGUGUGCGCUGUGAUGUGAUGGUGCCAAUAGCUGCCUUUGCUGUCUGGAUGUCCUGUCUUCAUGCUGCCUUUGCUUUCCCAGGGAUUGACAUGGGGCACUGUCCUAGGCCUGCAGUAGGUCCUUGGCACAUAGGUAAGGUUGCUCCCCAACCAGUGAGGGCCAAGAUCCCCCUGACCUUCCUAAACUGAAGUCAGAACAACUUGACGGGUGUGAACAGAUGGUGCCAUCUCUCCAGGAGCCUCUCCUUCUGCACCGUCCUUUUGUAUAGCCGAACAGCCUGUUUCCCUAGCUGGCAGCCAUCCUCCUCAGAGGUACAGCUGCUGCUGGGGGCUGUUGCUAACCAGGCUGUUCUUGGUAGCUCUGUUACCUGAACAUGGCAGACUGUUAGACUGUUUUCCCCCUACUCUUCAAGCGGGAAAGAUGGCAGGAAAGUGAAGCAAUGGAGACUGAUCCAAGAGGUCAUGUUUAGGAGGACCAAUGGGAAAUAGCUCUGGGCUUUGGUUUCCUUUUAGAUCCUACGCUAAGAACUUUUAAGUGCUCAUUAGAUGCUGGCCAUAAGCCUCAUGCAUUUCAGCAGGGCAGGUAGUCGCUAAGGUGCCACAAGUACUCCUUUUCUCUUUGCAGAUACAGACUAACACAGCUGCUACUCUGAAACCUUGCUGUUGAAUGUCUGCAUAGUACUGAAAGGGAAGCCAGGGCAUAGUUGCUUUCUUUCCUCUCCAUCCAACCUCCCCAACUUCCUGGUGCAGCUUCUUCUAGGUGUGAUGUGUAUGUUGGGCUGGCAUGUAGUUUGCAAGGCUAUGCGAUGGAGCUAAGAUGCUAUCUGAGGUCUCGAUCCCUUGCCACAAUCUGUUCCUCUGGCAGCUACAGCUCAUUGCUGUUACCCCCAGGUGGCAGGACAGUGGGAGGAGACCAGCCUGACAGGGACACUGAGCUCCAUGUGGUGAUCUCUGGGCUGCUGGAUUCAGGCUGAGUGUAGGGGACAAGAGUAUGUUGGUGCUGAGCUAGGCAGCUUAGGAGCCUGUUCGUAUUGCUGACCUUCUCUGGCUGGGCACAGAUUUCAUGCCCACCCCACUCAUGGGCAGAGAUUUUUGCUUUUUACUGAGAACAGGUAGGCCCGCCAACAGCCAAGCAUUCAGUAAGAAGAGGGAGGGCCAAGGACAGAUUGGAGUCUGAGCGCUCAGGGCAGAGCAGUAGUCCACUGUGGAGGAUUUUCCAUGAAGUCCACCCUUACUCCAGAGCUUGAGGGGUUUUUCUGCUUUGCUUUGAUCUGGGAUCCAGGAGGAAGCUGUUGGGGUUGAACUUCCCAGUGAGUUGCAUUGGACAGAGGAGAGGAUUGGGAUGUCUCCCACCUUCCCCAUGUUCCCCCUGCCAAGCCAUGGGGCUUUCUUUAGUCUCCAUUAUGAAAAGUAGGUGUCUUCAAUCUCUGGUCUCAGUCCCCAGGACCCUGCUGAGACUGUAACUCUCAAGAAGGGCUAGUGACUGUGGAGUGUGCAGUGUAGCUCCUUGGGAUUUAACUCCCCAGUUUUCUGGGUGGAGUUCAACUGCAGAACCCUGAAAUGAGCCCAGAAUACCAAGUCCUAACUCCCCUGAGAACCAUCUUGAAAUUGGGUACCCUACAUGAAGCUGAGUGCAGAAGGCAGUUCUGAGCCAACCUGGCAUGUCUGUCCUGCCUGGAAUGCAGGGGACACAGUUGCCAGGGGUAUAUAGCGAGCUGGGUGCUGUGCUCUAGCUACGAGAGGGUUUGGUUUGAGGAGGCCCCAUCAGUUUUUGUGCAACAGAAGGAGCAGGUGGCCAGAGAGAACCCUGUUAGUGGCUGCCAGUCCCUUUCUGUCCUACUCCAACCCUCAUCAAACAGCCUGGAACUUCCCUCCCUGACGGACAACAUCUCAUCCAUCAUCUGUCUUCAGAGGAGUCCUGGUGAAUGUGUUUACUGGGAGAGGAUGCUGUAGGGCUGGGUGCUGUGAGUGCUGGAGGACGGAGAGAGCAGGUGGCAGACACUGACUCAGACAGAAUCUUUUCCUCUUGAUGUUUUCUUUUAUUAUGCUUGUUAGUCUGUCAUCCCAAACAGCUCUCUGAUUGGCUGGGCAUAUUCAGUGACAUCACAUCUCUACAUAGAGGAUUUAGGCGCAAAGACAGCGAAGCUGUGGUUGUGUGAUGUGGAGUAAUAAACUCAGUGCUGGGAGCCAGGACUUCUGGGUUCCCCUCUUGGCUCAGCCACUGGCUCCAUGUGUGACUUUAUGCAAGUUGCUUCCCUUCUCUGUGCUCGAUGCUGUGCCCCGUGUCAGUGACCAGUGUGUUGGAGGGGCUCUGGGCAGCUCCCUGCAGGCUGUGCUGUGCCCUAAGUCAGUGGUUUUGGUUCUUUGGUUUUAGUGAAGUAUCAAAUCUGAAUACCUUCUUGCCCCUGUGUUCAGGGAAUCCCCUGUUUAUGCUGAAGGGGGCACUCCCCCACCCACCCCAGCACCAGUCAACUUCUUGUGUUUAUGGAUUGUCCCAGUGUGAGUCAGGCCCCCCCAACCCUUCACUUGAUUUCUCUAUCUCUCUCUCUCAUAUAUAAGUGUUUCAGAGUGUGACAGUUCUUGUUUUCAAGGUGCUUGUUCAUUUGGUUUCCUGCUGUGAAGGGUGUUGUGUUUUUUCUCUGGUACCUUUUUGAUGCAGCGGGUGGGGUUUUUGCUCCUGGCCUGGCUGCAAAGCAAACCCGUGAAGUGUAUCCACCCUCACGCGGCUGGGUGUAGGCGUGGCUGUCCCACCCAAGGCGUGCACAGGGACUUGUGUAUGUUGUGGUGAAUUGUGUAAAGUGAUCUCUUGGCUUAGGCAACAUGAUGGAUAUUUCUCUUUAGGGAGAGGAAGAGGCAGACUGCAGUGUGCAGGCAAGAGCUAGGACUGCUCUGUGAGGGUUCAUGCAGGUGGGGUGGGGCGGGGCACGCAGAGCACUCUCCCCUUGGGUCUGCUGGUCUGUGUGUGCGAGAUCCUGGAUGGUUACCGCCAUCCCUUUUUCUCUGGUAUGAAAUACAUGGGGGGGAGGAUUUGUGAAGAGCUGGGGGUGGCAUAUCUUUUCCAACCUUUUGUGAGCAGAGCCCCUCUUGCCCUCCCCCCACCACACCCCCAGUGGCCAGAGGGUAAUGGCUAGAUGGGGGCUGUGUCCUGUCCCUUCACCAGCCCACAAGGAGGACAUCGCUGGGAGGGGACUGGUCUUUUUGCUUACAGACGCCUUCCUGAAUGAAGCUCCGUGCUUCAAGCUGUGGUUUUCUGGCAGGAACAAACUAACACUCUCCCCUCAGAGGAAGGUUCCCUUCCUGCCAGGGUACACUGCUGCCUCCCACCAUAGUAAAGGGAAGGGUGGGGACCUGUGGGUACACUGUGACUCCCCUCCCCACUCAGAUAUCAGGAGGUAGUGCUGGGUCCCUUUCAGCUGCAGGGCUGGCAGGUGUUAAGGGGCAGCCUGGCUGGGGCAAUAUUCUCUUCUCAGUAGGUGACGUUGCUCCCUGUGGGAGUAAGGAGCAGUCAGGUUGGCUGCCUGGGGUGCAUGAGUGAGCUUUGGAUGCUUGUCUGAUAUCUCUGGCUACAGCCUGUGUGAAUGAUUCUGCAGCCCCAGUUCCUUCCUGAGGCAGCCACGUGAACCGCUCCCCAGUGGAGGGCAGUAUUGUGCUGCCAUGAACUCAGAGUACAAUGGUGGGGCAGUGGGAGUGGAGUCCCUGCCCUAUUCCAAGGGGAGAAGGAACUACCAAACUGCUGAGCCCUGCCUGAAGUGUGACCUCACUGCAGUCUGCCGGAGUUUAUUACACCCUUGGCCAAACUGGAAUGUUAUUGGAGAAAUAACAUCCUGAGCACAAAGUGAUGGGACAAGGGCACCUUGGCCGUUCCCAGGCUAUGCUGCCCUGCAGGGUCAAUAUUGGCUUGUGUCAAACAUGAGGACCGGGCCUGCAAGGCUCAGUUCUGAAUCAUGUAUUUGCUUCUUUUCAGUUUUAAAAGGACUCUACAAUGGUUUAAAAAAAAAAAUAUUUUAUUAAACAGAAUCUAAUUUGUAAAUAUAAAAAAUGACUAGGAAUGGGGGCAAGAUCUCUAUGACAGGGGUGUAAUAAAAUGUUCAGUCCAAGGCUUUUCUAUAACAAAGCCAAGCCCAGCUAAUAAUCAGUAUUUAUUACUAAAUUAUUGUCCUUUUUCAACCUGUAGAUAGGUAUCUGUUGAUAACUGUCGGGGAUUUGCUGUUGCGGCCCCGUUGGAGGUGGUGUUAAUUUAUUCUGUAUAUAGUGUAUGUUUGUUGAUAUGAGGCUUUCUUUAUUUUGUAUAUGACCAAUAAACUUCUUUUAAA